ACCGGAAGUGGCUGAAUCAUGUUGUCAUUUCCUAGACAGUGGUUGUUCCGGAGACAUUUGGUGGAAGCGUUAGGUUAAAAAUCCAUACAUAGAGAGAAGAUUAAGUGCAUACCAGCAAAGAUCUCCCCCACCCCUUCGUAAACGGGCCUCAUGGCCACUUGCAAAGCUUUAACACAAGAAGGUGGCUUGUCUAGCAGUCCCAGAGGAGAUGCUGACGAUUUGGAGCUGACAGAGCUGGGACCACUCCUUGAAACAGGAAGAGAAAGAAUUGGGCAGACUCCAGGCUGCGGAAAUGAAAGCCAACAAGCCAAGGGGCCACAGGAAGAGGAAGAAGAAGAGGAGGUUAGAGUACUGACUCUUCCUCUACAAGCACACCAUGCUAUGGAGAAGAUGGAGGAAUUUGUAUAUAAGAUCUGGGAAGGACGAUGGAGAGUCAUUCCGUAUGAUGUACUUCCUGAUUGGCUUAAAGACAAUGACUAUCUUCUACAUGGGCACCGUCCCCCGAUGCCAUCAUUCCGUGCCUGCUUCAGGAGCAUUUUUCGAAUACACACUGAGACAGGAAACAUAUGGACUCAUUUAAUAGGUUUUUUGCUGUUUGUUUUCCUGGGGGUCCUGACUAUGCUUAGACCAAACAUGUACUUCAUGGCUCCCCUCCAAGAGAAGGUGGUGUUUGGAAUGUUCUUUCUUGGAGCUGUCCUAUGUCUAAGUUUCUCAUGGCUUUUUCAUACCGUGUAUUGUCAUUCAGAAAAGGUGUCCCGCACAUUUUCAAAGCUGGAUUAUUCGGGGAUUGCGCUGUUGAUCAUGGGAAGCUUUGUGCCCUGGCUGUAUUACUCAUUCUAUUGCUCCCCCCAGCCACGCCUCAUAUAUUUGUCGAUCGUCUGCGUGCUGGGAAUCACCGCAAUUGUUGUGGCGCAAUGGGACCGCUUUGCAACGCCAAAACAUAGGCCGACGCGGGCAGGUGUGUUUCUUGGUCUUGGUCUGAGUGGCAUUGUUCCAACCCUCCAUUUCACCAUUGCGGAAGGCUUUGUUAAAGCAACUACUGUGGGUCAGAUGGGCUGGUUCUUCUUAAUGGCCGUUAUGUACAUAACAGGAGCUGGGCUAUAUGCAGCAAGGAUUCCUGAACGUUUUUUUCCUGGCAAAUUUGAUAUAUGGUUCCAGUCCCACCAAAUCUUCCAUGUUCUAGUCGUGGCAGCAGCUUUUAUCCACUUCUAUGGAGUAUCCAACUUGCAGGAAUUCCGUUAUGGGCUGGAGGGUGGUUGCACAGAUGAUUCCCUCCUGUAGUGUUUGGAAUAAAGUUAGACUCUUCACCGGGACAUGUACAAGGGUGUGGUUUAGAGGACUUAAACUGAUUUAAUACCCAUCUGUAUUUAGACAAUGCAAAAGACCUCUGUUACAAGGCAAUGGUCACUGUUACCUCCUCAUUUUGGAAUACCAGAAUCCAGCAAGUACUGUAUAAAACAUACACAAGGAGCAGAGAUGUAUUUUGACCAUAACCUUUUAAUUGCCUUAUAUCUUAAAAAGGGGCACUAGUUGUAUUAGUUUGUUUUUUAUUAAGGUCUCUUCUAUAUUAAGUCACAUUCUUAAUCCAUUUGGGUCUUUUAUUCAUCUGGAAUCAGUUAGAAAUGGAACAUGCUAAGUCAUUACAUUCUACAGGAUUUCUGAUCUCAUUGUACUAAUGACAGUACUGUACAGUAUGUGCAAAACAUUAGUGGACCCAGGAGUACAAGGCCUCUGUUGCCUUUAGAUUACUACUUUAUGGUGGAAUAUAAAAUAUUCACACCUACAUUAUUGCAUAAAACAUACAAAUGUCCAUGUAUAUUUACUUAUGUCAAAACUUGCUAAAAGAGAACAUAAA